UGACACCUGAUUGGCCGUUUGCAUUAAUACUCUUUGGUUGAGGCGUGUAGUUUACUCCAAACAGCGCCAUUUGUGAGAACUUGUGUGAGAAACGGCUUAAAAGUGCGCGUGAAAAAGUAUAUUUGUGCUGUUGACUUGUGGUGGAGAAUAUCUGAAAUAUAGAUGGAAACGUGUACCAAGUAAAAAGCGUGUGGUUAGUGUAUUUCCAAACGAAUGAUCUUAACUUUGUCAACAUGAACUCGUCAUUUAAAACUGACCUGGAUACUGACGAUGAGCUUAAUACGAGCUGUCGCACGUCCAGCUCGGGAUGUGAUGUUGACGGAUCGUUCGGCACCUCUCUAGAUUAUAGCAUUAUUGUGCCUCGAAAGUUAGAUUUUACCCCAGAGCCCGGAGAUUUUGGAGAGGAUAAUAUGGAUGGAGAGAUAUUUGCAAACAACAAUAAUAACAAUGAUUUCACAGUUCCGAAAGUGCAUUCUCCCCCUUAUAAAAGAGUAAGAGCAUUGCGCCUACUUGAUACACCAGCUACACCAAAAACUAUAUUAGAAAAGAGUUCUGCAUUUCACACCCCAGCACCUCGUUUUAGAUUAAGUCAUUGCAAAGAUAAAAGUAAGACAGCAGUGGGUACUCUCCUGCAACCUGAUAAACCUACCGUAAAUUUGAAUCCCUUCACUCCCAAUGGAAUGAUGUUGACUUCAAAAAAGAGGACACGAUCAAAACGAAGUCUUGUAGGGUCUGUGUCACCUCUGGCUGGCACUAAAGAUAUGCCAUCAAGUGAACAGUCCGAUGGUUCUGAUGCAGAAGUGGAACAACCUACAAAAAAGUUAGCUCUUCAUGAUUCAAACAUCAGCAGAUACUAUCAGGAAUUUCAUGAAAUCAGUCUAAUUGGCAGUGGGGAGUUUGGCAGUGUUUAUAAGUGCAUUAAUAGACUUGAUGGCUGUAUUUAUGCCAUCAAAAAGAGCAUUCGCCCUGUAGCUGGUAGUGUAAACGAAAAAAAUGCUCUUAAUGAAGUUUAUGCUCAUGCAGUUUUGGGAAAACAUGAACAUGUUGUGAGAUAUUAUUCAGCAUGGGCAGAAGAUGACCAUAUGCUCAUUCAAAACGAGUACUGUAAUGGAGGCAGCCUAGCUGAUUUGAUUGAACAAAACAAACAGCUUGGACAGGCAUUGUCUGAGAGUGAAAUGAGACAACUAAUACUCCAUGUUGCUGAUGGAUUGAGAUAUAUUCAUUCCAUGCAGUUAGUACAUAUGGACAUUAAACCUGGCAAUAUAUUUAUCUCUCAUGAGAAGAAGUUGCAGAGAUUGCAGUUUGAGCUUGCAGAUGAUGGUUUUGAGGAAGAAGAUGGCAAUGAAGAGAUUAUCUACAAAAUAGGUGACCUGGGUCUAGUUACAAGUGUAACAAAUCCAUCAAUGGAAGAAGGUGAUUGCAGAUAUCUACCCCUAGAAAUUUUACAGGAUAAUUACUCAAAUUUGACAAAGGCUGAUAUUUUUGGAUUAGGGUUGACAGCAUAUGAAGCUGGAGGAGGUGGACCAUUACCAAAGAAUGGAACUGAGUGGCAAGAAAUCAGGAAAGGAAAAUUAAAAGAAUUGCCAUCAUACAAUCGAGACCUGAAUGAACUUCUCAGGCAAAUGAUUCACCCUGAUCCAGAAAUGCGUCCUACGGCUUUGCAAGUCAUGAAGCAUCGAGCUCUGUGUCUGUUUGGUAAUAAGAGUAAGGCUCAGCUUCGAAGAGAAUUGAAUGCGGAGAAAGUCAAAAAUGAAAUUUUGUCAAAACAACUCCAGGAAGCAGCAAAGUGUCUCAAAUCAAUAAAACCAAAUAUAAUUGGUACACAGACUCAGUUUGAGAUAAAGUCGAUUCGCGUGAAAACUACUUUUCAGAUCUUCGUGUAUUGUAAAAUACUCUCUGUCUUCGUGUUUCAGUUCUUAAAAAUGAUUAUUGAAAACCAGGAGGCCUUCAAAACGUGGCUGACAACAGUCCUGGAACCAUUAUGCAAUGCAGAUCCAGAAGCACUUGCGAAAUAUGUGUUUGCUUUGGUUAAAAAAGACAAGCCGAUUCCAGAAUUACGUGCUGGAAUGAUUGACCAGCUGGAUGUGUUUCUGCAACAUGAGACAAAAAAGUUUGUUGACCUUCUUUUUCAAACUCUGGAGACACAUUCUUACAGUUUACCAACUUCUUCUGUUACUACAUCUUCAACCACAGAGGUUGCAUCUACAACAAUUGCGGGAUCACCUGUUGUAACUUCCACUGUUGGCAAACAAGCAGAAACUUUUCAGCCCCAACAAAAUCAGCCUACAACAGUUACAGAAACCGUCACAACUACAGCAUUGCCUGUUCAGCCAACUGCAAGCCAUUCUACUGGAAGUCUUGGUCCUGUUAUUAAUUCUUCCCAGACAAAUGGCAGUAUUUCCACAACUCUACCAACCCAAACUUUACACAAACGGGAGACAGAAUCAGCUCGUACAUCUCACAGAAAAUCAGAUUCAGAUAAAGAUGACAAAGGUCGAACUGGAAGUAGAAGGCAUAGAAGUUCACAAUCACCUCCACGCAUUCGUUCAAGAUCUCGGUCAUGGGACAGAUCUCGCCGGUCACGAAGCCGAGAAAGAGAUCGUGAACGUGAUAGGGAGAGACAAAGAGAACGUGAUAGAAGCAGAGCAUGGAGAAAUAAAUCUCCCCCUCCUAGGAGGUACGAGCGGGAUAGAAGAAGGAGCUGGUCUCGUUCUAACUCUCCUGUUGGGGUGUCUCGUACUCGUAGUGCUGCUACAUCACGUUCACGUUCUCGAUCACCUCGAUACAACCAUAGAGGACGGGUGUAUCGAAAUCGAUCACCUCCGACUAGACUUUCUAUGUCUAGGUCUCGAUCAAGGUCUAAUGAGCGAUCUCGAGAGAAAAAGGAGUCCCUUUCUGGUGCUGCAACUCCUACACAAGACAGCAAUCAUGGUGAUGUAGACAUGAGGCUAACGACAACAUCUCAAAGUAUUCAGAGUGUUGUUAGUGCUGGUGGAAACAAGGCCAACUCUGACCAAGCUGCUACUGGUCCUACUUUGCUAUCAAGUAUUUUUCAUACCAAGCGACGCUGUAGAGACUUUGAUGAGAAAGGAUACUGUAUGCGAGGGGACUUGUGUCCUUAUGAUCAUGGCAAUGAUCCAGUUGUUCUGGAGGAUGUGGCUUUGUCACGGGUGUUGUCAUUUGGGCCGAAUGCUCCCCCACCACAUGCAUUACCACCUCCUGCUUCUGGCACUACAGGACUUUCAACUGCCAAUUCAGCACCAGGGCAAGUGCCUUCUGAUGGCUCUGAAGGGCUUGUACCAUCUGAACACACAGCAUUAACAGGGAUCCCUCCUACUGCCUUGGGGGUUGAUCCACCAGCUCAUCAGCUGCCUCAUCACAUGCCACCUCAUCAUAUCCGAGGGCCUCAUCCUACUAAUAUGGAAUAUAAUCCAGAUGCACCCAGCAUGGAGCCCAGAAUGAUUUGGGGAAGGCCUCCAUUUCGAGGAAUGCGAGGAGGAAUAAUGAGAGGUGUAGUUGGCCGACCAAUGCCUUAUAAUCCACAACCUCAGCGUGAACUUAUCAAUGUUCCAGUUACAGAUCAGAUUCAAAAUUAUUCAGGAUAUAAUAAACGUCCUCGACAGUCGGAUACAAAUAGUUAUUCUCUACAGGGAGAGUCAAAAGAAUCUCCUCCUGUCAAAAAGAAAACCACAUUUGAUUUCAAUCGUUUGGGGCCGAGGCAUAAGAAUCCAAAUAAUUGUUCAUUGGAAUUGAAGAAAGUUCCACGUGGGUUAAAUAAUAUUACUCACCUUAAUAAUCAUUUUGCGAAAUUUGGGAAAAUUGUCAACAUUCAGGUGUCUUUUGAAGGAGAUCCAGAGGCAGCUCUUGUUACAUUUUCUAGUCAUGCUGAAGCAAAUGCAGCAUACAGAAGUACAGAAGCUGUUCUUAAUAACAGAUUCAUUAAAGUCUUCUGGCAUAAUUCUGCCAAUAAUAAUGAGUUGCAGGGCAAACAAGAGAAUGUACCUCCCCCUCGGCCAUCUGUUAAAGAACGUUUGGGUGUCCCCAACCCAGUUCAAAACACUAAAGUUCUUAAUACAUUGCAACCCAAAGCAACACUGUCACAACAACAAGAACCGGUUGAAAAGGUUAUUAUGUCGGGCAACAAUUUGACCAAGACGGUCUACAUUCCAACAGCACUAAAGAAAUCGGAAAGUUCUCCUCCUGCUUCUGCUCCACCUGUAAUUUCAACACCACCCGUUCAAGAAAAUAGUAAAGCUAUCGCCGCUGUGAUAAAAAAAUCACAAGAGAUGUUAGCUGCAAAAGAAACAUUGAAGAAGAAGCAGGAAGAGAAAAGGAAGGAGGCUUUGAAACUCACAGCUGAUUUGAGAAAAAGAAAACAAGAACUUCUUGAUAAGCAACUCAGUCAACAAAAAAAAUUAAUAGAAAGGUUAGAAAAGGGAGGGGAAAGUAUUGAGAAAAUACGGAAAGAUUUAUCUGUAUCGGUUUCUCAAAGUGGAGCAUCUCCAAUGUCUGCCAUAAAACCUGGUUCUUUGGCAAAGAAGAGUAAGGAAGAGGCCCAGCGUGAAAUUUUAGAUGCAGAACUUGAUUUGUUUACCAAACAACAAGAGGGUGGAGACACUUCAGAAUUACAAAGAAAAGUUGCUGAACUGAAAAUGGAAGCUCAUUCACUGGGCCUUCUGCCUGGCAGCAGUACUCACCCAAGAACAACUCGAGGUGCUCUUCAUUUACAUAGAGGAGCCAGUAGAGGACUAUCUAGAAUGCCACGGGGAACCACAUUCAGAGGAAGAGGUGGUCACAGUUUGAUGUCUACUGUUCAUGUUCACCAUGGUAUGAGUCAUCGGUCAGUCAUAAUGGUUGGGAGUAAUAGAGAUGGUAGUGAAGAACUGAUGGAGGAGGGAGAAGAAGUUCUUGUUGAUGAAGAUGAGGAGCUUGGAAUCGCUGAACUAAGUGAAGAUGUACUUCUUCAAGAUGAUGAGGAGGAGGAAGAAGACGGAGAUGAAGAUCGCAGCUGGCGGCGAUAGCACUGACGUUAGCGAUGCAUCGCUUGUCAAAGUCCUAUUAGAAUGUUGUAAAUAAAGGUUGAAUUUAGUACAUUUGUAUUCUGCAGGGUUUUCACAAGGAAUUGUAUGGAUACUACUGCAUCAAUGUGUCUCAAAAUACCAUGAAUUCUUCGGAAUUUUGUAAUAAACUUUUUCAUGACAUGUUGUUGAGUGUCAUACAAGAACCUAACUUUAUAAUAUACAAUUUUCAUGUAUUUCUUAUUUAAAUGUACUUUUAAUUAAUGUUUUUAAUUCUCUUAUUUACAUUAUUACUUUAUUGGGACAAAUGAAGGUAUAUAUGUGAAUCGGUUGAUCUUAAUUUUUGUUAACUUCCAAUAUGAAAUGAUCAUAAGUUUCAGAAACAUCUCAAUCUCUCUUCCAUUAAGAGCAUUAUCGGUAUCCAUACAAUUCUUCGACUAUUCUUCGUUACAUUUGUACAUAAGUCACUUCACUUUCUGAUAGCCUUGGAAUUAUAUUCCAAUUUAUAGUAUUUGCUGUUUGGUGAACUUUUUUGUCAUAAGUUUGAUUUUGAGUUUGCCAGUGGAUUAGAAUAUUAAUAAUGAAAAAGGUUCAGGUUUCACAUUUCACCAAAAAAAUAAUGUUACAUUUCCUGUACUGCCAAAUCAAUUAGUUAUAUUUUGUGUGGUGUAAUUAAGCAUUUCAAAACGGUAUUCAAAGCAUUUUUAAUUCUCUAAUACAUAGUACUGGAUUCACAAUAUCUGUUAAUUGUUGCACUAGCAUGUGUUAAUUUUUGUAAAAGAAAUGACAAAAAUUCCUUCAGGUGUUGUUGGUGCUUGGGUAAAAUUAAUAAUAGUAUGAUUUACUAUUGAAGUCUAAAAUGGAUACAAACUGUGUGAAUUUGCAAUUGUUUUCUGUAAUUUCACAAGUUCAAUUCACUUCAGUCAAGUUUUAUGCACUUUUUGUUUUUUCUGGUGAACUGUUCAGAAACAUGUAAGUUACCAUGAAAUUCAGUCAUUUUUAAACUGCACAAGUUUUUGUUCUGGUGCAUUACCAAGAAUAUGUUCAUUUCAUUUAGAUUUGUGCUUGUAUUUAAAUGUUUUUUCCAUGUUAGUAUACAUUGUAUAUUCUUUCUAUCUCCAAUGCAUAUGACAUUUGUUGUCACUACAUCCUGUCAUAUUUCUUGUUACAAUAAUUAGAAGGAGAAUUUGAGGCAAUGGAUUGCUUUUUGACAUUUUUACCCAAAUGGAUAUAGUUAUUUGAAGUUGAUUAGAUUCUGUUCAAGAUUAAACACAAUUUCAAGCUUUUUGUUAUAGGACGUUGGCAUUUUGCCUAUCAAAUAUCAAACAACCAACACUUUAUUUGAACAUUGUACAACAUAGGAAACUAUUCAGUCUUAGAAGUAAUAUUUUAGUCUUGAAAGCAUGUUUGUUAGAUGUACUUCAUGUAACUGUACAAUUUUAUUUGUAAUUGUAGUAUGAUUUCUGUAUGGGCCAAAAUAUGUAUUAUUGUUUAUAAGAAAUGUGCUUUGAAUAUGGCAAAAAGAGAGAAAAGAUUUUUAAUAUGCCAUUAAAAAAUAAUUAAAAAAGAAAUAAAGGAAAAGAAUCAGAAAACAGCCAUUCAAAGCACCAAAAUUUUGUACAAAGAAAGAAAGAACUUACGUGUGAACAGACAUUAAAGAAAAGAGAAAAAUAUAAAGAAAACGAAACAAAAGAAAAGAAUGAUGAAAAGAAAAGAUUCUGUCUGAUUCACAACAAAACAAAUUAAUAUUCUAAAAGAGCAAAAGUGUCAGCCUGUGAGCAUUCCUGGUUUAAUUUUACAAAUUAAAUUCUAAUUUCCUUUUUUCUCUCUCUUUCCAGUUCCAGAGACUUCAGUUGAGUGGCUUUGGAAGAAAUCCAAAAUAUCAGAGAAGAAUGAAAGCACAUACGCUAGUUACUCUGUUAAUUUUAUAUUGUAAAUAUC